GCGGGACAGCCUUGGAAAGAAAGCCAUCAUUUUGCCCGGAGUGUGGCAGGUCUUUGGGGUUUUUGCCACAUGAAAACUCGGGCCAUUGUGAUUCCAGAAGAAAAGAUGAAGCAGCGGCUACAUGCAGCUUAGGUGAAAGAAGUUCUAGCACUCUAUCGGAAUUUCUUUCAUUCAGAGACCAAAAACAAAAAGAGAGAUGUAAAUGGUCGAAAAAUACGAAAAAGCAUGUGGAAAGGUCUGUGCAGGUAUGUUUUAGAUAUAAUAUGUUUGUGUGUAGUUUGAAGAAAAUGUCAAAAUCAGGACCUAAUUGGUAGUGGUUUAAUAAUGAUUUUUUUUUUAUCUUACACUAAAACAUAAUCGUUAGAGUUCUGUAAUAAUUUGUUAUUUAAGCAAAAUAAUUUUAGUAAAAUGUAUAUACAGUUCAUUUUUUUAAAAUUCUGUCACGUUUUCGUAAAACUUGCUGCAGAUACAGCAAGGAGAGUUUUUCUCAUAAGCAUCAAGUGAAUGACGUUCCCCUAGGUUAAUGUUGGAAUAAUGACUACACGUAGUGGCGUACUGAAAAAGGAGAGAGGAAAACAGUUGCCACUGCAUGUUUCGCCAUUGUACUCCAAAAGACAACUUUUACAGGCAGCUGAAAGAAAAUUGAGAACAUUUUUUAAUAUUUCUGAUGAGCCAUACCAACUUUUACAUUAUAAUGGGUCAAUUGUGGAUAAAGUACCUGGGACUGAAAAACCAUUUAUGUUACAAGAUUUUAAGGAUGCAAUUGGAAAACCAUUUAAUAGACUUAGCUUUUUCAUCUGCACUGAGAAAGAAUACAGUGAACUUGAUAAGACUGAAGAUAGUGAUAAUGAAGUUGUAGUUCAGCCAAAACAUUCUGAAGAAGAUUCAUUGAAUGACACACUGCCGUGGUUUCAGAGCUCACCAAACACUACAGCCAUUAAAGCCAGCCAUGUGAAUUCACAGAACCAGAUAGAUUCAUCUGAAAAACAAACGAAGUUUGAUGACGGAGCAGCAGCAGCAAAGGAUGCAAGUGAAGGUGCUUCCAGUAUUGAAAGGGGUCACUGGUACAGAAAUUAUACUGAGGUGUAUGCACCAAUCCUUAUUGAAGAUGAAGAUAGCACAACAGAACAGGAGUCUGUGGAAAUUGUGGAAUGUAGGUUAACAGAGCACAAUAUUCCAGUGGAAGAAAUCUUGGCUGAACUUGCCAAACAGAUUCAGUCUAACAAGGUGUCAAGAUUUAAUAUAAAUCGUGGAGAUAUCUGGGAUGGAGCUCUCCGUGGGUUUAGACGAAGCACUUAUAAUCCCACUUAUACUAUGUUGGUAAAAUUUACUGAUGAUUCUGGCAAUACUGAACAUGCAAUUGAUGCUGGUGGACCAAAAAGAGAGUUUCUUCAGCUCUUAAUUCAGGAUUUACAGUAUCGAAGAAUUUUUGAAGGCAAAGAAAAUGAAAAAUAUUUAAGGUGUGAUAAAGCAGCAGAACAUACUGAUUUACAGCUCCUUUUUUCUAAAGCCCUUGCCAAUGAUGAGUACUUUACCAUUGGAAGAAUGAUUGCUGUAUCGCUUAUCCAUGGUGGUCCUGGCCCACAGUUUUUAUCUCGUAACCUUGUGAAUUACAUUGUGGGAACUGGUGAGAUUUCUCCAUCAAUUGAAGAUAUAUCCGAUCCUGAUAUUUACAAGAUGCUCCAAAAGAUUUAAAGAUGGAUUAUCCACUCUCAAUCUACUUGAAAAAAUGAAGCAGUACCCAGGUGUAUUUGUAAACUUUAUGUGCUUUUCUCAAAGCAAGAUCAAUGCAGAAGCCAUUGAAGAUAUUUUUAAGAUAAAUUUCAGUGAGGCAGGCAGCAGCUGGAGACAUGAGGAAGGAAGAACUGCUGCCUAUUGGGCAGACUACCUCUUGGAUAUUGAAGCCUCUGAUAAAACUUCAACUUGUGAUCCUUCAUUAGAAGACAUUUUAAUGUUUGCAACUGGCCUUCGUGCUAUACCACCAUUAGGACUGCAGCCAAGACCAACAAUUUGCUUUCACCAUGAUGGGUCACUACUGCCAGUAGCCAACACUUGUGGCAACAUCUUAACUCUGCCAAUCCAUAAAACCUAUGAUAAUUUUAGAUUUUAUGUUAGUUUUGGAAUUUUAAAUUCACCAGGUUUUGGCCAGUAUUAACCUGAGUCACUUAUAGUAUAUACACAUUUCACAGUAAUCUACUGUAAUGUGCAGUCAGAGACAGAGCCUGAAAAGCUUUAACAAAGAGUUGGGAGCUUCCAUCAUCAGAGUGGGUAUGUAUGCUACAUACUUUUUGCCCAAAGAGAAUUAGAGGUGAGAAAUCACCCACAAAAAAGACAAUAAAGAACCACCUGAGAUGAAACAAGCAAUCCUGUCUAAGAGAACUAGAAAAAAAGGGCAAGACAGCAAGUGCCAAGGAUUGUUCACUAUACCUCUGAAUUAAAAAUAGAAUCCCUGUCACGAUAAGCUCCCCUUCUCUGUUACAGCAUUUCAUGUAUCUGCCCUUGUACGAUAUCAGCCUUAAUUUUCUACAACUCCCUCAACUUAUGAUCCAGUCCUUUCAAUAUGUGAAAUGUAAAGACAGGCUGACAAGCUUUAAUUGAUUUUGGUUAGUUUUAAAAUGUUCAGAGUUCUGAAAAACAUGAAGUUCCUAUAUAUUUGGAUAAAUACUGUAUUUGGGAUGCAGUGAAUUAGUUAUGGAUGUAGUUAACCUCAGUUUAACCAAGGCCAACAGUUUCACAUUCUGUGUUCUUUAAAAUCACAAAACAAUGUUUCAGACAUUAGACAUCGUUAUAGAAAAUCUGCAUGUGUUAUGCUUCUAAAGUCAAAAGAUUUAUGUAAAAUAUUGAGAUAUCCUUUAUUGAUGAAAGUAAUGUAUAAUUCUGUAACUUUGGAGUCUACAGUUAAGAAAUUAUUUGUUAAAUUAUUUACAAAAUGUUUACAUGAUUGUUGUAUGACCCUAGUUCUUCACAAUCCUCUUUUAUCAAACUGCAUUACAUUUCAUUUGUUUGAGCCAGAGUAAUGUACUAUACAAACCAUUCAAUACUUGACAGUUUAAAAAAUAAAUAAAUAAAGUUAUCUUUACAAAUCAGCUCUCUCUUUCAGCUUCAAGUAUAGGUCAAAGGCUGAUUCCCAUGUAUGUGGUGUCUGAAGAUUAUUUUGCUGUUUUAUUAAUGUUAAGUAUUCCUGGAUGGCCAGAUCUCCACACAUUGAAGUUUCUUCACAGUAAGGUGAUAGAUCCUGAAGACAAUUCCGGUUCAGUAGAUAUCCACAAUCACUUGCUUGAAACCUAAGAGCAAAAAAAAAAAAAAAAAGUUUACAGCUAAACGGCUGGUUUAGCUAAGGAUAUUAUAAAACAGUCAAUAUAUACUGUACUUGUAUUACAAACUAACAUAGCUAUCACUUGUUACAUCUAACAUUGUAUUACCGGUGUGGUAAACUGAAUAACUCAUUUGGAAUUCCUGAUGGACAGGAUGACAUUCUUGAAGGUCUCAUUCUGUGUUGGUUCCAGAGCAUCUUCGCCUCAUUCAAAUCUUUCUGAAGAACAGCAAGAAAUGCAAAGCGCAGCAAACAUUUAUGCUCAUGACUACCAUUAAAAUGGCCAUAUUCUUUAAGGUCUUCUAAAAGCUCCAACCAAAAUUGUGAUCUGUAAAAUUAAUGGAAAGAAUCAAAUAUAUGAAAUGAGAAUU